AUGAACGUCGACAACGAGGCGUGGGAUCGUGUGCACCCUUAUCUCGCCUACGGCUUCAGUUCUGCUGGCCAGUCUCUGGUGGCUUCUGUAGGCUAUGUUGCAGUCAACACUGCCUUGCUCGCCAAGAUGCAGAUCAGGAACCUCAGAGGGGUGUGUCAGGGGAGCUUGAGUUCCGGGAACCGGGGCACUGACGGGGCCUUCCGAUGUUGA